CCGUCUACCGGUCUAGUCUAUUGAGUAUGGAGCAGUAUGGAGCCUCGCAUGGUGUAUGUAAUAUGGUUGUUGCGUUCCAAUGAAAAUUCUAUCAGGACUUUGUAAUAUCGAUCGGACACGCAUGCAUCACUGGAACAAAUGUUCUCAGUUUCCCAUUAUUUAUCAUGGUCUCAAGAAGAGUUUAAUUUUAAACAGCGCAAUACAUAAAAAUUUAGUUGCGUUUAGGUUAAGUUCCUUUGACAGAACAGUAGUAGAGAAAUUCGAAUAAAAAGAUGUACCUUAACGUCUGUCGACUGUUGACACGCACCUGCGUGAGGCAGAUACACACCAGCGUAUCGAGGAAUUUAAUGAAAGAUCAUUCUGACAAUGUCUUUCGAAAGAAAUUGCGUUCCACCGCCUUUUAUUGGGCCGGAGUCGGUGUUCUGGUAGUGGGAUUGAGUUACUCCGCAGUGCCUUUGUACAGAAUGUUCUGCCAGUCGUAUAGUUACGGUGGAACGGUAUCGGCUGGUCACGAUGCUAGUAAAGUGUCCACAAUGACGCCUAUUAAAAAUAGGAAGCUCAAAAUAAAGUUUAAUGCCGAUGUGGCAACAUCGAUGCAAUGGAAUUUCAAGCCGCAGCAAAGGGAAAUUACUAUUAUUCCUGGAGAGACGGCCUUAGCGUUUUACACGGCUACAAAUCCGACCGAUCACCAGGUCGUAGGAAUAUCAACGUAUAAUGUUUUACCUUUUGAAGUAGGGCAAUACUUCAAUAAAAUUCAAUGCUUCUGUUUUGAGGAACAGAUGCUCAAUCCACAUGAGCAAGUUGACAUGCCUGUGUUCUUCUACAUUGAUCCGGAAUUCAUGGAGGAUCCAAAGAUGGAGUUUGUUGAUGAAAUAAUUUUGUCCUACACAUUUUUCGAAGCCAAACCUGGAUUUAAUUUGCCUGUACCAAGCUACGCUAGAAGUCAUUCAACAAAGUAACGCGUAAUCGUUUUUAAUAGUUAUUAGAAUUGUACAAACAAAUAAAUAUUUAAUAUAUAUAUUUUUUCAAAUGCC